AUGCUUCUCCCUUCUACACUCUUUGCCUUGGAACAGGAAAACAAGAAGAUGGGACAGGUCGUCUACCUUUGUCUCCUGGGAUGCUUGCUCUUGAACCGCUUGGUGGAAGGUGCCAAGAAUGGCACAGCAGUUGAAGCCCGUGCACGAUGCCCUGCUGGUGUGCUCAACUACAAGCAGUUCUGCUACCAAUAUGAUAAUAGCUAUGUCUCCUGGCAUCUUGCAGAGGUCAGAUGCCAGAGCAUUGCUUCCGGUACCGAGGCCCACCUGGCUUCCAUUGUUUCGCCAAAUGAGGGGAAAAUAGUUGCCUCCUACCUGAGUCGCAAGAGCGCCAGCAGUGUUUGGAUCGGUCUGGAGGGGACACGCAGCUCUGGGUACAUGAUCUGGGAAUGGAGCGAUGCUUCCCCUCUCAGUCUGUCUCUCUGGGAUGCCAGCAGCCUCAGCGCCGCCAUCUCCUCCUAUGAAUGUAUCUCCAUGGACAACAUCCUGAACUCAA